AUGCUCGCUGGUGUUCUCUACCUGUCCAUGCCGCUGCUUGUCUUGGCAUUUCCUGAGAGCGUCUUCCUCACGCUGGUGUUCAUCAUCCCCACGCAGAUGGUGUGCGGCUCUGGUGCUUUCGUCGGCGAGCUUCAAUCUGUCGGCCUUGGCAGCAUGUCCACUCCAAGCGGCGUCGUACAGAACCUGCUCGAGUUUGUCGCAGCACAGCCGGGCAUGUCGUGGUUCGGAGGCAUCGUUCUCAGCACCAUCGCCAUCAGAACACUGAUGCUUCCCAUCACCGUCGCCAUGAUGCGCAACAACGUCACCAUGAUGAACCUUCGUCCAGAGAUGCAGCUUCAUGCUGAUCGCAUCAAGCAGUGUGCUGCCCAAGGCGAUGAGGAGGGUAAGAUUGCUGCGUCACAACGCCUGCAAGAGCUGAUGAAGAAGAACGGCGUGAGCCCGCUCAAGUCGCUCUACGGUUUCGCUCAAAUUCCGGUGUUCCUCUCAUUCUUCUUUGCCCUUCGCAGUAUCACUGGAGGAGAGGUUGCCAGCAUCAAGACUGGCGGAUACAGCUUCUUCACUGAUUUGACGGCCGCAGACCCCACGUAUGUCCUGCCGGUUGUGACUGCAACGACGAUGCUGUUGUCGUUUGAGUUGAGCUCCAGAAUGGGCACGGCCAUGAGCCCCACCAUGAAGAAAGUAUUCCGGGGCCUCGCCCUCGUUACAGGCGCCGUCACAGCGACUCUGCCAAUGGGAAUCCACGCUUACUGGAUUACGUCAAACAUUUUCACGCUGGGACAAGUUGCCGUCUUGAACACCCCACCAGUCAAGCGCCUCUUCAAGAUUCCAGACAUGGUGAAGCACCCUGACCCUCCAAAGCAACAAAGCGGCAAAGGGUUCUGGGAGGAGCUGCAGUCCUCGUUUAAGGCUGCUCAAGCCCAGCAACGUCGUGAAAUGGAAGCUAAGGCUGCUCAAGAAGCACUCAAGGAAGCCAACAAGGAGCCCCCAAAGUCUGCUGAUCAAGUCCUGAGUCAACCUCUCACUCGCGCUGCGCAGGAGCCAGCAUCAUCCAAGCCAAAGAAGGGUCGCAAGACAGGAAGCCGCAAACAAAACAAGCGCAAUGGGCGAUACUGA